GACACCCCUGGCCUGGCAGCCGUGCGGUCCUCCCUCCCGGGGCGGGCGUUUAUAAACCUCAGCCCUGCGGCUCCGCUUUCUGCACCCCAUCUCCGCGUCCGGGUCUUGGGACAUUAGCCUCAGCCCCAGGGACCUAAUGGCGGCCGAGUCACUGACUGAGCUGGAGGUGGCCAUCGAGACGGUGGUGACCACCUUCUUCACCUUUGCGGGGCGGGAGGGCAAGAAGGGCAGCCUCAGCGUCAACGAGUUUAAGGAGCUGGUCACCCAGCAGUUGCCUCACCUGUUCAAGGAUAUGAGCUCCCUGGAGGAGAAGAUGAGGAGCUUGGACGUGAAUCAGGAUUCAGAGCUCAAGUUCAAUGAGUACUGGAGGCUCAUUGGGGAGCUGGCCAAGGAGAUCCGGAAAGAGAAGGCCCUGGAGAUCCGGAAGAAGUAAACAGAGCUGGCUGGACCGGGGCUCGUAGGGCAGGGCUGAGCGGGCAAGGCAGAACCCCACUCUCCCCAAAUAAAGCUUCCCUCUUGAAA